AUGAAUCUAUUGGCUCUAUCUCAUGUACAGCUUGAAUUUUUCUUUCUUUUCGUAUUUUUCUUAUCUUUAAUUGCUUUUUUUUGUCUUUUUUUCUUUCUUUCGAAUCUUUUUCUCUGUUUUUCUUUUCUUUCUUUUUUAGUUUCAUUUCCUUCACAUUCUUUUUCUUUAUAUGCUUUCCUGCUCCCCUCUUUCUUUCUCUCUCUCUCUCUCUCUCUCUCUCUCUCUCUCUCUCAUUUGAUCUUAUUAUUAUUCUCUUUUUCAUAUCUUUACUUAUUCUUUCUUCUUUACUAUCAACUACCUAAUUUUUAUUCCUUUUCCUCUUUCUCUUCUUCUUUUUCCUCCUUUUUUCAUCAUCAUUUUUCUUUGUGUCUUUUCUGCAUGUCCUCCUCUUUGUUUCUGUUUCAAAUUUUUACUUUCUUUUUCUAUUUCUUUUUUCUAUCUCACUCACGAAUUAAUUUAACUUUAAAGAAAGAGAAACAAAAAGAAACGGAUGUAUGGUCCCCCCGCCUCUCUCUCUCUCCCUCCCACUCUUGCUCUAUCUAUCUCUCUUUUUCUCUCUCUCUAUCUCUCUCUCUUCCUCUUUCUCUCUCUCCCUUUCUCUCUCUCCCUUUCUCUCUCUCCCUCUCUCUUUCUCGCUCUGCUUCCCUUUCUCUCUCUCCCUUUCUCUCUCUCCCACUAUCUUUCUCUCCCUCCCUAUCUCUUUCUCUCUCUCCAUUUCUCUUCUUUUUCUUUCUCUCUCUUCCUCCCUCUCUCUUUCUCUCUCUCCCUCUCUUUCUCUCUUUUCAUUUAGCUCAGUCUGUAUUAUGGGAUCACUACGCAGAACUUCCAGCGACCGUCAAAUGGUGUUGUAUAAAGGAGUAA